UACGCUAUAGUACGCGAAUCAGAUGUGCUGGUAUGUAGCCCGAAGAAGGUUACUGGUUGUAUUGUGAUUUUAAUCAUGGUAAUUCAAAGGCCCAAGGAAUUUAGCAUAAAAUUAUGCUUCACAUUUGAAAGGCUACUUCACAAAACGCCCGUGUUAGAUAGAUUUAAUCAGAUGAGAAAUUUAAUUAAACUAGACAAGGGGACUGCUACGCGUAGAAUAAAUGAGAAAUUUUGAUCAGAAAACCCCACGGGUUGAGACUGGGACAUAUAGGCCUGUGUAAGAGGAUGGCAAAGAUUGAGAAACUGAGAACGAAAUUGUUGACUGAAUUUGACUCACUGAGGGCUGGGUGCAAUGUCGAAUUUUGUGUGUGUAAACAGUGAAACCUUCAAAAUUUAUAAAAUAAGGAAAUUACUGGCCCAGAUCAGGAAAUAUCAAGAUCAAAGAUUAGAUGGGCAGGACAUGUAGAUGAGAAAUGAAUUGAAAAUUUUGGCCGGGAAGUCAGAAGAGAAGAAACAACUUGGAAGACCUACGCAUAAAUGGAAGGAUACUAUUAAAAUGGAUCUUAGUGAAAUCGGUUUGCAGGAUGUGGAUUGGCUUCAUCUGGCGUAUGAUAGGAAUGUGGUGGGCUGUUGUGAAAAUGGAAGUACGUGGUUUGAAUCUUGGCCAGCUCCCCAUAGCCAUGUCUAUCCUGUCUAAGGAGUCACAAUACUGUGAACUAGGAUGGAGCAAUUUACCUUCAGAACCUUUGCUACAAGUCUUCAGCCACCUGCCAGUUCAAGAUCUCGGCACAGUUGCUCAGGUCUGCCAACACUGGAACCACAUCUCACAAUUCUCACAGCUCUGGCAGAGAGUAGAAUUCAAUCUAAGUCAAGCAUCCAAAUCAUACCUUCAACCAACUCCUGAAGGGUUGAUAAACUACAUCUUGCAACACCAUGCAAAACAUCUCAAGUUUGUUAUAUUCAAGAUGGACAGCACAGUAGAAUCUGCACAGAUGGCCUGUUACAUCUUAUCUAGGUUGGUGAACUGUUCCCUCAAGACAUUGGCACUCAUCAGUUCAGCUAGACCUGUGUUCCUCGACAUGGACCAGCAAUCAUUCAUCUCAGCAUUGACAGUUGUAUUUGAUCAUUCACAUACACUCAGUUCAGUGGCCAUAGAUAAUACGCCUGUGGACGACAUGUCUCUAGAGGUUCUUGCUUCAUCCAACUCUCGAACACUAGAGCUACUUCGAAUGAAGAGCUGUCCCAGAGUGUCACCAGAAGGUAUCCUGUCCCUUGCUGACCAUUGUUGUCAUUUGCGGGAACUAACCUUAAGCUACACAUUGUUGAGUGAUGACUUACUUCUUGCCCUGUCAUCAGAAGAGCAUGUGUGCCUUGAAUAUUUGCAUAUUGAUGUAUACACAGAAAAGGAUAUGCUGUUACAACAGAUCUCACCACAAUGCUGGAGUGCCCUUGUUGAACAUUCACCAGACAUGAACCUUGUCAUGUACUUUUUUGUAAUUCCUGAUCAGUCAUUUGAUACACUUUUUAUGUCGUACACUCCUGUCACACAUAUCUACUUUGGUGACCACGUUCCGAAGAGAGUGCUAGGUCGAAUUGGUAGUCAUUGUCCUAGACUAAAGGAAUUGGUUGUAGGAGCAAAUGGAAAUUCUUUCAUCAAUGAUGAACUUCUGAACAUUGCAAACAACUGUCCAGAAUUGUCAUCUCUAGGAUUAGGGGAAUGUGAGGUGACAUGUAGUGCAUUUGUAAAGUUUGCUCACAUCUGUGGCCCAAGACUUAAGGAACUUUAUGUCACAGAGGAAUGCCUUGUAGAGGACUCACAGUAUGACUUAACAAAGGCAUGCAAGCAAGUUUCAGAACUGAUAGGAAGGGACUGGGCUCCAGAGUAUAUGCCAAUUUGGUAAGGGAAUUCUCCAAGAUGUCAUCAUAUGGUAAGAGAAUUUAAUUUGCAGUGCAGUGAUGAAUGUCUUUAAUUUCACACUCUGUGUUGGAACUACUUGAAUCUGAGUGAAUGAAAACACUUUUUGAUGACAGUUCAAUUCAGGUUCUCAUGGUGGCAAGUAUGAAGAUGACUAUUUUCUGGGAUGUUGCAGUGUGUAGUGUGGUAGAAAUUUAUUGAUGUUUCAGAGGUGCUUAAUGCCUCCAUCACUAGGGUGGCUCGGUAAGACACUUUUAAUUUGUGUACAGUAUUAUUAGAGUUCAGUCAGCCACAUCAUAUUCAUGAGAAGAUUAUCAAGAUGACAACACUUGUGGUAAAGUGUUAUAAUAUGACUGAUUUUUUUCUUUGUUAGGGAAUUAAACUUUAAUCACAGUGGCAUAAUCAAGGAGAAGGCCUGCAGUUAAUCACCUACCCCCUCCAUCCCCAGUGGAGCAGCUGCCCAGAGCUCUCUACAUCGUAACGAAACAUGCAAUACAUCUUGUUCACAUUGCUAGCUUUAUAUUUUUGUAAUUAAAAUAAUAAGCAUAUUUGUUUAGAUUGAACUAAUUUUUUUGUAAAAGCCCCUCCCAGUACACAGUUACAGUUAAUGUUACUGCAUUAAGUAUUAAACCCUAUUGUAUAAUUUUAUUAAGAGUUCUUCCAUUAAAGAUAAUUUUGUUUUUAUACAUAAGAAAUUUAUGUGAAAAAUGGUUUGUAGCUUAUACUUUUCAGAGUUAUGCUUCAUACUAAAGUUCUUCCAGAUAGACCUUGUCAUUCUAUAACACCUUACUUUAAACUUUUUUGAAAACAUAAUACUUUCCUGUAAUCUCUGUGAAACAGUUGUAUAUUUUUCAGAAAAUAUAUGAUUUCAUAUUUA